GAAAACAUGACCGGACUCGAAGAGCAUGGUCUGGAUUUGAGUGACGGCUUAGAGGAUGUCCCUGUUUUAUGUAGAGGGCCGACAUUUCCUAAAUUUAAGUACUGCACAGAUAAUGUCCCAGGACCAGGAUGCUCUGUGAGCCCCAGUGAAGUGACUCUUCCUGGAUGUUCCUGCCUGACCCGCUCCUGCCGCCCUGAGAGCUGCUCCUGCCUGCAGACGUACGGGCAGGCGUUCGACAGCACCGGCACGCUGCUGAACCUCGGCAGGUUGGACUCUGACUACUGUUCUCCUGUGUUUGAGUGUAACGCUCUCUGCAGCUGCGGUGACUCCUGCUCCAACCGAGUCGUGCAGAGAGGGCUGAGGCUCAGGUUGGAGGUCUGCAGCACCGGGAACAAGGGCUGGGGGGUUCGAACACUGGAGGAAAUCCCACGUGGGACGUUUGUGUGCGAGUACGCAGGAGAGGUGAUCAGUUUUGCAGAGGCCAAACGCAGACAGCUCAGCCAGACUGCAGAGGAGAUGAAUUACAUCAUCGCCGUGAGGGAGCACGCAGGAGCGGGCGCCAUCACCGAGACGUUCGUGGACCCCGCUCUGGAGGGGAACGUAGGCCGUUUUCUGAACCACUCCUGCCAGCCCAACCUGCUCAUGCUGCCGGUGCGUGUGCACUCGGUGAUCCCAAGGCUGGCGCUGUUUGCUGGACAUGACAUCAAUGCUCAGGAGGAGCUGACCUUCGAUUACUCAGGAGGAUACAGAACCCGGCAGCCUGCAGAGCACACAGCUGCUGCACACGUGGUGACGACUCCUGGAGCUCAGAGGAAAGUGUGCCACUGUGGUGCUAACAACUGCGCACACUUCCUUCCCUUGGAUUUAUCUAUUCUCAGCUGAAAUAAUGUCAAAAAUAAGCACAUUUUUUGCUUUUAUAUAAUGUUUUAAAACUAUUUGUUUCCAGAUUCAAGCAAUUUUGUUUUAAAGCAAAGACAAGAAAACUGCUCAAACAAUUCAU